AUGCGCGCUGCCGCCUCUCUAAUCUUGGAGGCAAAGCAAAAUCGUUCUUUCAACAAAGCUGUAUACGAGAGCGAGAUACAAAUCGCGAAGUACGAUCGGCUAGCGCGUUCAUUCGAAUCACAGCCACGGAAAGCGAAGGAUACACACGAACAAACACGUGUCUUGUCCCUAAAUAAUCUGACAAGGACUUGGAAAUUAGACGAAGCAGCACCAUUCAAGCGCGUCGAAAUUCCUGAACUGCUGGUGCGCUUUAGCUUCAACGACACUGAGCCUUGCUAUCAGAACUUCGCCCGCGUAUUUCGCUUUAUCUUCCAGCAGGUUUACUUCUCCCUGCGCGCGCACAGUGGUAUCAACGCAGAGUACUGGAGGGAAAAGCACCUGCAAAAUUUACCGGCAGCAGUUGAAGUGACACUCCAGGAUUUUGCUUUGGAUUUAAUCGGGUUAGGCGAUCCCCAGUUGAGGCUUGGAAAAAGAGCGGCAAAUGUAAGGACUCGCUUCUACAUCGAGCUUGGCGAAAACGAAAAGGACCGCCAGAAGAAAUUAGACGAGUUGUUAGCAGAUUUUGAUUUAUACAAAUCCGAAAUACUAAAAGGGAUGCAGCUUGCCUUGAGGGAUAUCAGAUCUUAUGAAUACGACAUGGAAAAACAACAGUGGCUGUCACACGCGAAAAGAAGAAGAACAGCACCAGAAACUAACCCAGUGAUAGAACUCAGAGAACUGCAGAACCAAAACCAGGCAUACCUCGCAUUGUCGCUUGAGUAAGCUGUCGAAUCGAUCAAGAACACCUCAAAUCUCUUCCUGCAUGGACAUCCUCAUUUCUCCUCAAUGCCUUGAUCUUGCAUUUUGACUUUAUCUGGUUUAUCUGUAUCGUGUUCUCUGUUAAUUUGCUAUUACCUGUUAUGUUGCAGUAUAGGUU